UGUAAAUGAAAGUAAAGUUACUGGAAUUUGCGGGAGUUGUGGUUGAGUUUUGAGAUUGUGUUGCUGCCAUGAGACGGUGGAUUAUUUGCCAUGGUGCAGGUGGUCUGUCUUACGGAGUUUGGAGCUGGUUUUGAAGGCAUGGAGGGAACAUAAGUUAACCUUGGAUGGAAUAUGGAGCUGCUAGGAGGUCCGCAAGCUGAUCACUAACCAAGUGUUGCCGUAACUGAAGCAGUAUGCCCUAGUCUGUGCAGCUAUUAUCCAUAGUCUUGUGAGCAUUGAAUGAUGUGUGUUUGGCAUAGGGUAGGACGUGAUUUAGAAGGCUACAAGAUAUGAAGAUUUGGGUACCAGCUAGUCUGGAUAUUAGAUAGAGAUGUUGCCGAUAGUUUUGGGUUGGUGAAUGGUUGAUAUUUUGCUGCGUGGAUAAUAUGUGUAUGUUUGGAAUUGUGGUGUAUCUAUCCUAUUCGAACUUGCAGGAGAAAGAAGCUAUAUAAGCAUGAAGAAAAAUACAAAGGAAACCUACCUUGACAUCACCGUUUUGAUGUCUGCAAAGUGCUUGAUAGAGAUCCUGAAAGAGCUUGCCUGCACCUGUUCUACACAGCAACAACUUGUUUGCUGCCUGGGUUUAAUCUCAACUUUUCUUUCUUUUGAUCAUCUUUAAUCCGUAUAUCUUAUUUUUGAGAACAAUUAUUAUUUUGAGUAGCUAAAACUAUCUUUGAUUGAGGACAAUUUCGAAGCCUGGAAUAUGGAUUAUUAACUGAUAUGCAAUAGCAACGGGAAGCAUGAACUUACAGGAAAUAUUCAGACAUCGAUGGAAGACCUUGAAAAACUUUAUGUGGGAAAAGUUGAAGAAAAUUUUCAUAUACAACAUGAAUAGGGUAGUUGUUCUACAAACUAAAAACGCAAGGAAAGCAAGUGAAGAUAUUCUAUCGACUUAUUCUAUACCUACAGAUAUCACUUUUGCUAGGUACGAUUCUCGAGAUGGAUGGAAUAUUGGAACCUACAAUUUUGCUUCAUCUAUGCUAUUCAUCGAAGAAUUUAGUAGUGGAGCUUCAGCAGGCUUGGGUUGCUCUUGCAGUAUAGCAUUCUAUCUGAGAAUUUUAUUCGAUCACAUUGACUCUGCAUGUUUUGAGUUUCAGCUGCAAAUUUCAGGUCUUCUUGGAGUUCACUCAUUCUUUAAGAUACAAAAGUCGUCGACUGAUGUUGAUGCAAUGAUGCAACAUGCAGCCAGGCAGUCAAAGAAGAUCAUCACUAGCCUGUUGACAUUGUUGUUUAGUCAAUGUUACAAGAAGACAUUGUAG